CGGUGUUCUACGGGCUGCUGUGUCUCGCCAUGGCCUUCCUCACUCACCUGAUGGGAGACUCAGUGCUGCAGGUGGCUCUGAAGAUCUUCGGGAUGGUUGGAGGUCCGGUUCUGGGUCUGUUUUGUCUCGGGAUGUUCUUCCCCUGGGCCAACUCCACCGGGGCGCUGGCUGGUCUGGGGUCAGCUCUGGCUCUGGUCUGCUGGGUCGGCGUCGGCAGCAUCGUGACCCGAGUCUCUGGAGCAAAGCCUCUGCCUCCGAGCUGCAGAGCUGCAAACACAACGUUUAACCUGCAGGGGGCGCUGUGGAACAUCACUGUGAGCCGUCCCUCUGGACUGCAGAGGUUUUACUCGUUGUCCUACAUGUGGUACAGCGCCUUCAGCUGCCUCACCGUCGUCUUCGUCGGACUCUUCAUCAGCUUCCUCUCAGGCCCUCUGAAGGAGGAGGACGUGACUCCAGGAACCGUUUAUCCGUGUUUAGGGAAGCUGUUGUGUUUCCUUCCUGAACGUCUGAAGAAGAAACUCUGCUGCGUCACGCCGCUCGGACACUCGCUCUCGGCGCCUCAGAAGGAGUCGGAGGACAGAGAAUCUCCGGAGGCUCAGACUCUGCUGGUGGAGGACGAGACGAACGUGUGAAAUAACCGUUAACUAUCCAGAGACACAAAGCACUGAAGAGACUUGAAUACAGAUCAUCUCUCAAUCCUCUGGACAAGUCGGCACCUUUUCGACUGCACAGUGACGACUGCUACUGGAGGCCGUCUCGUGAUUUAGAGACUGCAUCGUGUGUUCCUGCUGACUCUUCCCUGCUUUGAGCCCUCUGACGGUUAUCCCGAAGCAAGGAGCUCCCUGCAGUCCAACAGGCGGUAAACCAACUGUUCCUCAUGACCAUAUCCAAACCAUCCGGUCCACUGAGUGUCCUUAUAUCACCUCGUGAACCUUCUCUCUUCCUGUGGGUCUUGUGUUUGAGGCAGAAUGUGACGUCGUUUCCAAUCGUCUUCAUUGUAGAGUUUUAGGGACUUUAGGGGCGAUCACAGAAAUGUUUGUUCUAACGCUUUUCAAAGAGACCGAGGUUCUGCCUGUCGCAAAACUUGCACCGCAUUUGUUAAAAUAAUUGUGCAAAUUAAAACUUAUUUGGAAGAAAACAUAAAUGAUAGCGUUCAAACAUCCGGCCAAUAUCCUGAGCCCUAAAUUAAUUACAUUUGAUAAUGUAUUGCUAUUUUUUGAGUGUGUGCACUCCCUAUUUUCUCUCAAGGCAUGCACUAAAACCAGAGCAACGAACGCUCAAUCAAAAAUAAUCCAGAAGGACCUUCGAGCAAAUAUUCUUUAACGGUUGAUUCUCUGUCUUUUUUAAAGUGUCUGAGAUCUUGUUUGUAUUUGAUUACAGUUCAUGUGGAGAAAACACGUCACUGUUUUUACUCGAUUUCUUGCGAUUUCCUGUGAACUUUAAAUGUUGUAUUCCGUGACUCAGACGACAGUGCCUCUUUUUCAAUCAUUUUCUAAUCGUUUCUUAGAAUGAACGAGUGAAUCUUUCUGUUUUGCAGCUUAAAAAACACUGGAAAAACCUCUAUUUUGAGUUUGUAGAUAUUUGUUGACGCCUUGUUGAUUAGAAUUGUUUCCAAUCCCAUUAUCCGGUUAAUUUCACUUCUUUUGUGAUUCGUAGAGAUUGAUUAUUGUCUGUUGAAGAUGCUUUGUUUACAGUAAAUGAAACCAACCAACAGUAAACUGCGUUGUGUAAUAAAUAAAUAAUGAAACACUGA